AGAUAAAGCCAACCACGCAAGAGAAGAAGAAGCAAAGGAGGGGGAGGAGAAUAAGCCAACAAGAUGUCUUACUUGGACUGAUUCUUAUAGAGAUCGCAUCUCUCUCUCUCUUUCUUUCGCAAUGUGUGGGUGAGAGAGGCAACAAAGCAAGAAAAACAAGGCAGGCAAGGCAAACAAAGAAAGUUGGUGAAAACAAAGUGGAGAAGAGAGGAAGACGUUCGUUCGUUCUCUCUCUUUUUCAGAUUUUCGUCCCAUUAUUAUUAUUUCGAUUCCCUUCUCUCUCUCUCUCUCUUUCUCUUUCUUCAUCACCUCUCUUUAUCUUUCCUGUCUCAUUUCUUCAUUCAUUGAAGAGUCCGCCUUGGUUCGUGGCUUCUCUUUCUCUCAUGCUCCUGGUGUGUGCACGUUAAUUAACCUGCCCCCACAUCUCUCCAUAUACCUUCACUGCCACCCUUUUCCCCUUCUCUUUAAUAAAUACCUCUCUAUCUUCUUCUUCUUCUUCUUCCUUCAUUACCUUCUACAAUACAAUGGCUGUUCAAGCUCAAUACCCAUCUAAUGUUUUACUUCUAAACAGAUAUUUUUUUUCUUCCAGAAACGGGCAGGAUCAGAAGAACUUGCUUGGGAGCGAUUAUAUCUUGCAGCCCCAACUGGGUGGAUACCUUGAUCAAUCCCAUAUGUUUUUCAACAAUGGAGUUGGUGCUAACCCACGGAAGAGGGGCCGAGAAACUGUUCCUCAUGCGGCAGCUACAGCACCAAUCAAUCUAUUCUCUCUGCAAUCUCAGCCUCAACCGACGCUUGUAAAUGUCUCUCAACUCCAUAGCCAACAACCCAACAUCGUCUCCACUGGCCUCCGUUUAUCUUUCGGAGAACAACAACAACAGCAGCAGCAACAACAGCUACAACGACAACAACAACAACAACAGCAGCAGCAGCAGCAGCAGAGUUGCUUCCCUUCAUCUUACAGUACUCUUGCAUCCUUCUUAUCAGAGGAGCUUGCCCCCCAGAUUAAACAACAGAGAGACGAAAUCGAGCAAUUCAUUCAAGCCCAGGGUGAACAACUAAGGCGUACAUUAGCAGAAAGACGACAGAGGCAUUACCGUGCGCUACUGGGCGCAGCAGAAGAAUCGGCAUCAAGGCGACUGAGAGAGAAAGACGCAGAGGUUGAAAAAGCAGUACGCUUAAACACCGAGUUGGAACAACGAGUCGCACAACUCAGAGUCGAGGCUCAGGUUUGGGAAGCCAAGGCGAGAGCACAAGAGGCCACGGCGGCGACGCUACAGGCACAGCUACAACAGGCUAUGAUGGGAGGAGUGGCAGACAAUAGGGCGGAGGACGCCGAGUCUGGUGGUGGUUGUGAAGGGCAAGCGGAAGACGCUGAGUCAGCUCACAUUGACCCGGACCGAGUGGUGGAGUCAAGUGGACCGAUGUGUAAAGCGUGUUGGAAACGAGCAGCCUCGGUGGUGCUGAUACCGUGUAGGCAUCUCUGCGUGUGUACGGGCUGUGGUUCCGCGGUGGAUGCCUGUCCUCUCUGUUAUUGUCCUCGAAGUGACAGCGUUGAAGUUUUCCUCUCCUAAACCCCUAUGGGACCAAACCCAGGCUCAGGCUCAGGCCCAUGCCCAGUACAGAGAAAACCAAAAAAGAAAAAUAGAUUAAUUAAAAUAAAAAAAUUUUAAA